AGCAUACUAUAACAACGAUGUGACACCGCAGCUUCCAUAGAAGGCAAAAAAAACUUUAUUAUCCUUCACAUAUUAACGUCAUCUUUCAUUGUUUCAAGUGUCGGAAGAACUCUCUCUCUAGUUCGACUGACCGUGAUCACCUUCUGUUCCGGAGUUUAGCAAGAAGAAAGUACGGUCUUCUCCAUGGCCAGUUAUCGUGAUGCAGUGAGUCUGGAAGACCGCAAGUUGGAGUCGCAGCGGCUGCUCCUGAAGUACCCCGGCCACGUCGCUGUGGUGGUGAAGCAGGUCGGCAAGGAAACAAAGGUGCACCUCCUCGCGUUGCCAGGUGAUGCCACAGUGGCGGAGCUUGAAGCCACCGCGGCGGAGCUGCUCGGCGUGCCGGGCACAAAGCUGGCGCUGAGUGUGUCCGGCUUCACGCCUGCCUCGAGUACGCUUCUUGAGGACCUGUACCGGCACUGCAAAUGUGCCGAUGGAUUUCUUUAUGUCCGGUGCGGCUUGGUAGGGACGUUGGGUGCCAGCGCUCACAUUCCAUGUUUUGGGACCAGCAUCAUCAAAGAAGAUUUUUGGUGGUCUCCGGUGCCGGCGAAGAUAGAAAACUAG